AAGGCAGACCCAGGGAUGCACAUUCCCAGCAGAACCGUUCCCGGAUGCACAGGGCCGCAAACACGCUUUUAAAUCCAGAGGCGAGCGCGAGCGGGGAAGGUGGAGACCAACUCGCGCACCCGAAGGGGCCGGCCUGCCCUCCCUCCCGCCGCGGACCCGCGCUUCCUCCCCCGCCCUCCCGGAGCCUGCGCCCCCUCUCCAGACCCCGCGCGCCCUGGCGCCAGCGCUGGCGUAAAUUUCCGCCCCCUCGCGCCGCGCCCGGGGGCUGUCUCGUGACGUCAGGGCCGAGCGAGGGGCGCCUCCUCCCGGCUGCUCGCCGCCCCCACCCCGGCCUCGCGGCCCCCGCCUGCCCUUUAAAAGAGGGAGGCCUGCGCCGAGCGCGCCACACCGCGGGGACCAGGACGCACGCCGGCUUCCCGGAGCGCCUCCGCCUCGCCUCGCUCCCGCACCGCGCCUUCUGCCGCAUCGCGCCUUCCUCCCGCGUCCGUCUCUCCGGGGCCAACGAGCUGGGAGUGCCGCCGAGCCGGGCCAUGCAGCCGGCAGCGCUUCUCGGCCUGCUGGGAGCCGCGGUGCUGGCCGCCGUCGGCUCUGUGCCAGUGGAUAACGGGAACCACAGUGAAGAGACGGUGACUCGCUGCAUCAUUGAAGUCCUCUCAAAUGCCCUGGCCAAGUCCAGCGUCCCGCCCAUCAGCCACGAGUGCCGGCAAGUCCUGAAGAAGGGUGGAAAAGAGGUCAAAGAUGAAGACAAAAGUGAGACUGAAAACACAAAGUUCGCAGUGAGAUUGUUAAGAGACCCAGGUGACACCACAGAAGCCCAAAGACCUUCUAGCAAGGAGGAAGCCAGAGCCCUGGGGGAGGCCGCCCCUCAGGGCCAGACAAAGGCUGACAGGCAGAUGUGGGAAGAGGGAAGCAAACACAGCCAAGAGGGUGCGGAUGAGUCUCAUGGGAGCCCCUAUCCCUCCAAGGACAGUGGCCAAGUCUCAGAAGAAGCCAAGCUACGCCAGUCUGAGAAGAGUGAGGAAGAGGACAGGGAGGAAGAAGAGGGAGAGAACCAUCAGGAAACGGGGCGUGGAAAAGAUACCAGUGGAGGGAGACACACUGAGGAGGCAGCAGAGACACAGAAUGCCUUUCUCAACAAAAGAAACCAGAUUUCAGCCAAGACAAAAGAGGAAUUGGUGGCCAAAUCAGUGACGCACUCCGCUGGGCUCCCUGAGAAGACACACAGCAGGGAGAAGGACAGCCAGGAGAGUGGAGAGGAGGUAAACAGCCCAGAGAAACACCCCCAAGAGUCUCACAGCCAACCUCAGAGCGAGGCGGAAUCCCAGGAGAGUGAAGAAGAUGCUACCUCUGAGGUGGCCAAACGACGUAUGAGGCCCAGACACCACCAUGGGAGGACCAGGCCCGACAGGUCCUUUCAAGAAGGACAUCCUCCUGCUGAGGAAAAGGGACAGGAAUCUGAGGAGGUGAAUGUGGACAUGGCCAGCUUAGGAGAAAAGAGGGGCCACCAUUCUACCCACUAUCGGGCUUCAGAGGAAGAACCCGAAUAUGAGGAAGAAAUGAGGGGUUAUCCAGGUGUCCAGGCUUCUGAGGACCUGGAGGGCGGACAGUACCUGGGCAGAGGAAGUGAAGAGUACAGGGCUCCAAGACCUCACAGUGAGGAGAGCUGGGAGGAGGAGAAGAGAAACCGCCCCAGCCCAGAGCUUGGUAACAUGGCACAGGGAUACAGUGAAGAGAGGGAGGAAGAGAGGGGCCAUGAGCUGGGAAGGGGACAUCAUUACCCAAGGAGAGGAGGGGAACCAGAUGCCUAUUCCACUCCUGACACCAGAGAAGAGAAAAGGUUCUUGGACGAAGGACAUCACCAUGUUCAGGAAAGCCAGAUGGACAAGGCAAGGACACACCCACAAGAUGAGUGGCAAGAACAGGAAAGAAAUUACCUCAAUUAUGGUGAGGAAGGAGCCCAAGAAAAAUGGCAGCAACAGGAGGACCUGCGAGACCCUAGAGAUAACAGAGAGAAUAGGCUUCAAAACAAACCAUAUGUCUCCCACCACACCACUGAAAAGAGGAAGAGAUUAGGGGCGCUGUUCAACCCAUACUUUGACCCUCUCCAGUGGAAGAGCAGCCAUUUUGAGAGAAGAGACAACAUGGAUGACAGUUUUCUUGAGGACGAAGAAGAAAAUGCACUGUCCUUGAAUGAGAGGAAUUUCUUCCCAGAAUACAACUAUGACUGGUGGGAGAAAAAGCCCUUCUCUGAGGAUGUGAACUGGGGAUAUGAGAAAAGAAGCUUCCCUAGGACCCCCAAACUGGACCUGAAAAGGCAGUAUGACCGUGUGGCAGAGCUGGACCAGCUCCUUCAUUACAGGAAGAAGUCGGCUGAAUUCCCCAACUUCUAUGACUCUGAGGAACAGAUGGGCACACUCCCGGAGGCAGAAAAUGAACAGGAAAGGGCCGACCAGAGAAUUCUGACAGAGGACGAGGAGAAACAGCUUGAAAACUUGGCUGCAAUGGAUUUGGAAUUACAGAAAAUAGCUGAGAAGUUUAGCCAAAGGGGCUGAUGGUUGUUGGAGCAACAGGCAGUUUGAAGACACAGCCCUUAUAUUAUUGAUUUCCCACCACUUUGCUGAAAGAUGCCAUUUAUUUAACCAAAGGCAGAAAGUAGAAUUUACUCUUCCUUAAUAUUUGACAGGGUUGGAAAUAUCCUUAAUUUUUGCCAGAAUGCUAUUGAAAACAUGAAGAGCAUGACCUGUAGCAUAUUCUUUCUUGCAAAACAGACAUAUUCAUAUGCUUGUGACAGUGACUGUGCUGCUGUCUUUGAAAAUCUGUUUGUCUCAGUUUUAAAUAAUAAAAGAUUCCCUGAGACCCAAA